CCUUGUAGUUGGAUCUGAAACUGUAAACUGAUGCAAUAGUUUCGAAUUCAGAGAAAAAGGGACAAAACUGUAUAUCUGACUCGAAGAGCUGUGAGCAAUUUGUGUCGUGGAAGUUCUGCGCUUAACAGUUUAAUUAUCAGCUGCUAAUCUGUUUAGCACAUCGAUUUUAACCGAAAAAAGACGUUGACUAUAAAUGAUUUCAAAAUUGUGGUGUAAGGAUUAGAGACUAAUUUUUAUAUUUCUAUAAAAUUUUUAUCAAAUGCAAUCUCAGAGCUGUCGACCAAUAAAACUUGAUAGCUUGGGUUUGAAUAAUACUGGCACGUUUAGGUGAAAAACAUCAUAAUAUUACAAGAUGCAAUGUUCGUUAAGUACAAUGGCCAUCGUCUGUGAGACAAUGCAGAAGCUCUUAAAUACGAUAGAAGACGACAUCAGAAGGAAGACAAUGAAUGAUGAUAUUCGGCAAAUAUUCGAAUGUAUUUCCAAGCUACAUUCCCAAAAUUCAGAUCAGGGAGAACUACUGGGAGACAAAUUAUCACAUCACGGAGGCGGUGAAAUAUGUGUUGACUAUUUGAAAGCUUUGUCCGAAGAUGGGAGAAAUACUCCGACUGAUGGGUACGAAGCUGAAUGCUUGCAAAUGAUAAAACACGUUUGUUGGAACUAUUCCGAUGCAAGUUUAAAAUUUGCUGCGGAACUUGGAAUAACGGGGUUAUUUCCCAUUCUGGUCACUGAAUUGACAACUUUUGAACACAAACUGAAUGAUUCCAUGAUUCGGGAUACAAUUAUAUUACCCAGCUUAUCAAUAUUGCAUAACUGUGCAAAGGUUCACGACAACAAAAAGUAUUUCAACUGCGCAAAGGCAUUGGAUGCAGUACUUCGCUAUGCGAGUGUCGAAGACCAGCAUAUCAAAAUGGUUGCGAUGUUGACAUUAGCAUACAUUACGGAGGAGGAUGGAAAUGGGACGGAUAAAUCUGUGUUCGACUUCAUUCUGAUGAACUUGAAACAUUGUAUGGAUGAUGUAGAUCACAAAUACAGAGGAUUCUCGGCUGAAGAAUUAGUUUAUGGCAUAAUGAAAUUAGCUUCAAACGAUGAUAAUAAGCUUCAGCUUGUAAAACAAGGAGUGUUGCCAGUGUUGGUUCAGCUACUUCAGAAAGGAAACAGCACUGAAAAGGAGGUAAGCGCCAGAACAGUUUGGAUUUUGUCGUUCAGAAAUGAAAACAAGCCUAUGAUACGGAAAGAAAGAAACAUGAUGCAAAUGCUGAAAGAACUAGCUGGAAAGCCAGGAGAAGCGAAAGAAUCAGCUACCGGAGCCUUGUGGGUUUUACAACCCAAAAUCGAAUGUGACGCUGUGGGUUAUUGUGGAGGAAGCUCUGGUAGUGACAAAGGCAAAACACAAAAACAUGUCAUGAUCAGUUAUCAAUGGAAAUAUCAAAAACUGGCUUUGAAGAUUAAAGAUCGUCUGAGAGAGAUGAACUAUAGAGUGUGGAUAGAUGUUGAGUCGAUGGGCGGUGGAUCGUUGCUUGACACGAUGGCAAAGGCGGUUGAAAAUUCCGCUGUUGUUCUAAUAUGCAUGUCUUCAGAAUAUAAGCAGAGUCCCAAUUGUAGAACAGAAGGCGAUUAUGCGUAUAAACUGCGCACACCUAUAAUCCCUAUCAGAACUGAAGUAGGAUAUAAACCUGACGGAUGGCUCGGGGCUUUGAUAGGCAGCAAAUAUUAUUACGAUUUCAGCAACCCGAUGGUUUUCGAUGCUAUGUUUUCUAAACUUGUUGAAGAACUGGGAAAUAAUGGAAAGUGCGAUGAGCAGGAUGGGCCAAAAUCGCAGGAUGCACCAAAAUCGCAGGAUGGGCCAAAAUCCAUAGUGGAAGCCGGUGAAGUACUUACAAACGACUCUCCCUGUCAGAAGACAAAGUCCGUGAAUAUCUGGACAAAAAUUGAGGUGUCUAAGUGGGCCACAGAAAAUCAGAUCAAAUCGCAAGAAGUUCAAAAUUUAAACGGUGAAUCUAUUGUUUUCCUAAAUUCACUGAGAUCGUCGGCACCAGAAUUUUUCUACAAAUAUAUUUCAAAAAAACUUGGGGUGACUGAACUUCCUGACCUUAUGGCUUUUUGUGGAGCAUUGGAGAACUUGGAAUGAUAGAAACUAGUGAUACUUUGACCUUUGAUUUUCAUCAUGAACAAUACCCGUAAAAUGGGUUGUUUUUCGUUUCAACUAUGUGUGUUUGUUCUAUUCGCAGGUAUAGUGAAUGGGAUAACCUUUUUUGUAAAUACUUACAUCCUAAAAUUGUUUAAACGUUACAUUUGUUGGUAUUUUCGACCGAUAUCUUUUUUUGGAUGCUUGAAUUAAGGCAACGAACCUGUAUUUUAUAUUAUAGUUUAGUUAUUGAGUGAGUUUUAGCUAGGAAGACCGAAACUCCAUUUUUAAGACAGUGGCCAUUUCUGAAAUGUGUCAUCUAACGUUUUAUACUUCCUUAUGACUGUCGUUGCAUGUGAAUAACCUUUCGUGGUGACUGUGAAGAGUAACGCUAUUCUCCACUGUUUGAAAGACAUUUACAUUCGUCGGUGACGUCAAGUUCUAUGUGCAAAUUUUGCAUUAGCUUGUGGUGUUCUGCGUUCUGUCAAUUCCCGAUAUAUAUAUUUAUAUUGAUCAUUUUAUGAAUAUGUUCGAUAGGAUUUAAGA